CGAGUGGUGGGUGGAACUCUAAUACGCCAGACCUCGCAGCCGGCGUACAAUGGAGCGCCUUACGGCUAUCAGACGAUGACAACAGGCAAGGCAAUGCGCUAUAACGGUAUGCCCAUGGGUCCUCCCAGCAACAUGCUUGCCUCGCAGCCCAACUUUACUAUGGAUUUUGGAGCACAAAGUUCCAUGCCCAACGUGGUUCAACAAGGCAACCAACAAAUGAUGAUGCCGAUGGGAGGCUCUGCUGCCUCAAAUCAAGUCGUGGUUCAAACCGAUUCUACACAACAACAGAUGGUGGUCCAGCCCGCUAACUACUUCCAGUCUCUGGUCCAACCGGCUACCUCUCUCUCGGGGUCUGGUGUCCAAUCUGGAGUGGUCUCUUCCUCAUCCGCUCCAGCUCCGGUCGCUAGCACUGCCGUUACUAUGACUAGUACCGCCGUUCCGGUUGCUGUUCCUCCAGCUGCAAACGUUACAAUAGACGAAAAUGGGCCAUUCGUGCUUCCUGACCCGCCUUCGGAUCACCAACAGGAACGUGAUCAGGUGAAUCUUGCGUACACGCACAUUUGUCUCAUUUCACUCUGUGGUGAAAUCCUUAUGCAUCUGGGUGGAAACGUGAGGAGGCAAGUGUGCCUUUCCGAUUUCACUGACGUUUGA